UGUGAUCUCUUUGAUUUGCAUUAGGAGCAAGUCCCUUAUAAAGUGGCAUAGUCUUGGCAAAAGGAAAUUGUGAGGGACACGAGGGCACGAAUUGAAAAGGAAGGAGAUUGUAAUGACAACCUUAUUAUUCUACAACACCCUCCUGUUUAUACAUUGGGCACUGCUAGUACUAUGGAGAACCUCAAGUUUGACAUGAAAAAUGCUCCUUUUAAUAUUUAUCGCACUGAGCUUGGUGGAGAGGUUACAUACCAUGGCCCUAAUCAACUAGUUAUGUACCCAAUUAUCAACCUCCGAACGCACAAGAUGGAUCUUCAUUGGUACCUUAGGAAUCUUGAAGAGGUUGUCAUUCGUGUUCUUUCUUCAACAUUUUCAAUUCAGGCUUCUAUGGUGGAAGGUUUAACUGGUGUUUGGGUUGGAAAUGAGAAACUAGCAGCCGCUAGCAUCAAAGUGUUUGGCUGGAUAACCUAUCAUGGCUUGGCACUUAAUGUCACAAUAGAUUUGUCUCCCUUUAAAUGGAUCAUCCCAUGUGAAAUUCGAGACCGUCAAGUAGGAAGCAUUAAGGGGUUGGUGAGAGACGGUGUUGGUCAUGGAAGAGCUGAUUUGUAUAAUCUGAAUGAUGCUAGUCUUAUUCAUAUUACCCAUGAAUCCUUGCUUGAAGAAUUCUCACAAUCUUUUCAACUUGAAUACAAUUACAAAAGCAUUUCUUCCACCAUAUUGUAUGAAAGUAAAUGA